CCGUCGUUAUUGGAUCGUUAGAAAUGGUUGUUCUGUCCGUUGCUGGCUUGCUGCUAAGGGAGGGUUAGAAAAGGAGUUGUUGGAUUCGCAACUUGCUCCUGUCUGCAGUCUUGUUCGAUUUAGCGAAGUCCACAAGUCCACCCCCACAGAGUCCCGUUAGAUGUCAGAUUUUAAGCUGGCAAAUAUUUUGCCAUAAGUACGCCAGUAAUUAGUUUGUCGGCCUUCUCUACCAGCUGGAUUCGGCAAACGUUCCCGCACGUCUCAGUUUGUUUUUUCAGUCGGUUUAAACAGCAGUGCGUUUAAGUACAAUUUCUACGGAGGAUAGCUUUACGGGGUCUGAGUAUGUAACAUGUCCUCCCGAUAGAAAUGAUGUCUAACAGAACAUGAUUCAUCUGGAUAUCCGCUAAGAUCUGCAAGUGUAAUAAGACGAAUUAGAUGGCGUCCCCUCGCACGCGGCAUUGUUUGAUGAAACUUCAGCCACAAUUUGGAAAUAAUAAAUGCUUUGAAUGUGGAGCUCAUAAUCCCCAAUGGGCUUCCGUUUCCUACGGAGUAUGGAUCUGCCUCGAAUGCUCUGGACAGCACAGGGGUUUGGGAGUACAUUUAAGUUUCGUGCGCUCAAUCACAAUGGACAAAUGGAAAGAUCAGGAGUUGGAGAAGAUGCAGGUUGGUGGUAAUUCCAGGGCAAAAGAGUUUUUGGAGGAACAAGAUGAUUGGAGCUGGGAUAUGGACCUGCGUGACAGAUACAAUACGAAAGCGGCCGCCCUGCUCCGUGACAAGAUCGCAACAGAAGCUCGCGGGGAGGAGUGGAGUUUGGAAACGUCGCCUGCAAGGAACUACCAGAGUUAUGCCAUUCUUCGUAAGCCACAGUCAAGCGGAAAGGCUAGCAAAGCACCUUUCGGAAGCGGAAUAAGAUCUGGUGGACAAGCUAGUGGCGACUGGAUUUCAAAUGGAGGAGCGUAUCAGUCAAUAUCAUCCGACGAAGUUUCUCGGCAAAAGGAUUCGUUCUUUUCAUGGGUACAAGCGGAAAACGCGUCUCGACCUGGCAAUUUACCACCUUCGCAGGGGGGACGUUAUUCUGGCUUUGGUAACCAGGUAUACUCCCCUCCAAGCGUUAGCUCUGCGCAAACGCCGGCCGAACAAGCUACCGAGAUGCUUGGCUCGGUCUGGUCUUCAUUCAGCUCGCUUGCCAUUAAGGUCGGAGGAGCUGCUGCCAAUAAGGUGAUGGAGGCUUCGGAAGUGGUGCAACAACGCGUCAAAGAGGCCAGUCUUGUUGAUUCAUUGAGCAAUCAAGUCUCUCGAGUGGCUGACGUUACUAGGCGAUCGGUACACGAUAUCACGUCAGCUCUCGCACAAAAGGCUGGCUUCGAACAGAUUGCUGGCAAUGAUGAUCCCCGUGGCUUCAGAGACGAUUCGGCGAUUGGCGACAGUCAUGCUCUCUGGGACAGGGAGGCUAUUAUGCCAAAAAGUAAGAGUGCAACAGCAGGUUGGGGAAGCUCGUCAUACCAGAACGACUCGACGUCUAACAGCAAUGACAGCAGCGCGCAGCCAAAAGGUCGCCGAAAGCCUGUGGAGAAGGUCCAAGAGGAGGACGGAGACUGGGGUGACUGGGGUAACAAUGACUGGGGAGGAAGUGACAAAAACUAGAGUAGCGAAAAAAUAAAAAUACAGCAGCAAAAGUAAAAGAAGGAUGUCCAGUGGACUAUCGAUGUGUACUGCAGAGAAGAGGAUGACGAAGUAGUAGUAAUGCAAGCUUUUUGUUUAGACACAAAGCGACUAAAUUGUCUACCGAGAUUAAGCUGUUUUAAUGGACCUCCAUGAUUGUUGGGCUAAUGGGAAUGAUAUUCCCAUGAGAACAAAUGAGAAAGAGAGUCAAAUGUUGAACUUCCUAACAAAGGCAUGGUCAGCCGCAUGCCUCUCCAUGCGUUUCUUAGUUCGAUUGGACUGUAAUGAAAAACGGAAAGAAGAGAUGCCAUCGGAGAUAGCCACGCACCUUUAUGGUAAGCUAGCGUAUAUUUUGACAUACGAAAAGUAGAGCAAGAUGAUGGAUGAGGGAAGAAAAUCAACAUAAAGUAAAAGCGUAGAAAGUCACUGAAGACGGCGGCUUUAAAUGUGACCAUAGUUUAUAUAUAACAAUUUGGUGGCGGCCACUUGAGAGUUGAUAGUUGACGAUGACGAAUCUGGAAGCAGCAAUGUCCAAAAAGUGUUAUGUAUGAAUAGAUAAGGUGGAAUAACAAAUACAAUUAGGAAAUCAAGGCAACUGAGCGGCACCGAUAGACCUAUAUUAUGGAUUUCGAUUAUAGAAAUGUGACCACGUCCUAUCCGUGUGUCAGAGAUAUGUAACCUAUUUUCGUAGAUAAAAUAAACCUAGCUAAGAAGCACUGAAGCCUCACCAACUGUACCAUGAAUAAAUCUCGCUCCAGUUACCGUAAGAAUAAUUAGCACAUUUAAAUGAACUUCUCGAGUCCAAUCUCUAUGAUAGUUAACAACAAAUAUAGUUCUUAGGUUCCUAUUAAGAUGUAAUUCUUUGCCCGUGGCCCGAACGAGAUUUUAUUUUCAUCAUAUAAUAUUGUCCAUAAGACAAAUGAUAUAUAUACAUAUAUAUAUAUAUAUAAAUUUUUUCCAAUGUUUUUUUAUAAUAAACAGCAAGAUAGAACGGACAAUGAACUCUAGAUAUCGGAUACUAGUUCGACCUCGAGUUGUACUGACAAUAGGGGUAAAGGCAGUGAUGAUUAUCACCUUUAUGCGAGUUGGUAUAACUGAUGAAUAAAACUACGCAAUUAUUUUUCUACCUUGUUAGAGUCAUAGAAAUUAUUUCUUUUGAAUAAGUGAUAGUUGUUAUUGGUUUUUCGAAUCCAUCUGUAGUGGUUUCGGUGCAGGUGUCCGAUCAACAGUGCAAUGCAGACGAAUCAUUUUGCACCUAUGCUGAGGGACUCCUUGAGGAAAUCUUUUUUGUUGUUGAUUUUGUUCAGUUCCGUCACCGCCAUUGAUGUUACAGUGGUAUAUAGAUGUUACAACAUGUAACGGAGGACAAGGAAUUCUUAACACCUAAGCUCUACCCAACAUAAUUUCGUGAUGACAGUUAAGAUAAUUAUAGCGUCCAUGACAUGACUAUGACGAAACGACUGAA